UCUACUAUACAUUAGCAAAAUUUACUUGUUCCCAUUAAUAACACAUUUUCUUUUUCUUUGUUUUAACCAUGCCACGAAUUCUGGAGAAAUAUGAGUGAGGAAGCCGAUAUUUUCAAUUGGACACCCCCGGCCACAUCCACCCCUAAGGACAGAAAAAGGAAAAGGCUUCAACUUUCCCUAGACUUCAACGCCUGUUCUUCAAAUCAAAUAUUAACAUCUUGUCACAGCCAGAGUGUGUUUGGAGCAACUGAAACACCAGUUGUUGCCGAAAUUUCAGCAACAAACAAAGAUGUAAUGGACAUGUUGGAAAUUAUAUUACAAAAGCAAACAAAUUUGGAGACCCGGUUGGAUAGCUUGGAAGGAAAAAUGCUUGACAAAACUGAUGUGAUGGCUCACCAUAAAGUCGUGCGUGAGUCGAGAGUGCUAAUUAAAAAAGUACAUCAGAGUGUUUGCCGCAUAUCCGGAGAAACUGCGAAGAUCUCCACACAGAACUGGCCGUUCUUAUGCCAAUGCAAUCUUUAGAUGCUGGUUUUGAUUUGGAGGAAAAGCUAAUAGAAAAAAAUUACGAAGACGGAAUGAUAUCAUAUCUUUUCACCAUAAAAGGCUCUUCAGGAGAUAUUGAAGCGGUGAUGGUCGAUGCGGCAGAAAAUCGCUAUCUAAGUUGAAAAUAGUUAGCGUGGCUCUGUUUGAUAUUUUCAAACUCCAGGGCCGUAUAGAGUUUGAAAAGGAAGUACGAAAGAGCGUCGAAUACAGCCAUAAUAGGUAAAAGCAGAAACGCUAUUCAUCUAACAAACGGAAUAUGCCUUUAUAAAUAAGCUUAGCUUUAGACAAAUAAGUUUAGUUUUACACCUUAAUCAAGAGACUACCAAACUAAUAUAAAUAAUAGUACAAACUAAAUGUGAUCUCAAAUAU